AUGGUCUCCGUUUCUAAAUUAUUGAACAAUGGUUUGUUAUUAGCUGGUCAAAGUGUCUUCCAAGAUGUCGCUACUCCACAACAAGCUUCUGUGCAACAAUAUAAUAUAAUCAAUUUUCUUGGCGGAAGUGCCCCAUAUCUUCAAAGAAAUGGAUAUGGUAUUUCUACUGACAUUCCUGCUGGAUGUGAAAUUGCCCAAGUUCAAUUGUACUCAAGACAUGGUGAAAGAUAUCCAAGUAAGAGCAAUGGUAAGAGUUUAGAAGCAAUUUAUGCUAAAUUCAAAGACUAUAAUGGCACUUUUAAAGGCGAUUUGGCAUUCUUAAAUGAUUAUACUUAUUUUGUUACUGAUAAGAAUAAUUAUGAAAAGGAAACCAGUCCCAAAAACUCUGAAGGAACCUAUGCUGGUACUUCUAAUGCCUUGCGUCAUGGUGCUGCCUUUAGAGCCAAAUAUGGAUCAUUAUACAAGGAAAAUUCAACCUUACCCGUUUUCUCGUCCAAUUCAGGUAGAUGUUACCAAACAUCUAGAUACUUUGCCAGAGGAUUUUUGGGCGAUGAUUUUGAAGAAGGUAAAACCGUGAAGUUCAAUAUCAUUUCUGAAGAUGCUGACGUUGGUGCCAACAGUUUGACUCCUAGAAGUGCGUGUUCCAAGAACACGGAACUGAGCAGCAGUACUGCUAAAAAAUACAACACAACAUACUUGAAUGCAAUUGUUGAAAGAUUAGUUAAACCAAAUCCAGGAUUGAAUUUGACUACUAGUGAUGUUAGCAAUUUGUUUGGUUGGUGUGCUUAUGAAAUCAAUGUUAGAGGAAGUUCACCAUUCUGUGAUUUAUUUACUAAUGAAGAAUUCAUUAGAUAUUCUUAUGGUAAUGACCUCUCAAACUACUACUCUAAUGGUGCUGGUAACAAUUACACCAGAAUUAUUGGGUCAGUGAUUUUGAACUCUUCUUUAGAGCUCUUGAAAGACACUAAAAACUCCAACCAAGUAUGGUUAUCAUUUGCCCAUGACACCGAUUUGGAGAUUUUCCAUUCUGCUUUAGGAUUAUUGGAACCAGCUGAAGAUUUGCCAACAUCUUACAUCCCAUUCCCUAACCCAUACGUCCAUUCCUCAAUUGUUCCACAAGGUGCUAGAAUAUAUACGGAAAAGCUUCAAUGUGGAAAUGAUGCCUAUGUUAGAUACAUUAUCAAUGAUGCUGUUGUACCAAUUCCAAAAUGUGCCACAGGUCCAGGUUUCUCCUGUAAACUUGAUGAUUUUGAAAACUUUGUCAAGGAAAGAAUUGGAGAUGUUGACUUUGUUAAACAAUGUGGUGUCAAUAGCACUUAUCCAUCUGAACUUACUUUCUACUGGGAUUAUAAAAAUGUCACUUACAAUGCUCCUUUAGGUGAUUUUUAA